CAUUGUCGCGUUCCCUGAAAAACAAACAUCGUUGCGUCGUGCGGAUCCCUCUUCCGGUCCUCCCUCCUCCAUUCCCUUCUUUUCUCGAACCUUCUAGUAGAUUCUUCCCCCCGCUCCAACCUCCUCCUACUGCUCUGCCUUCCCGCCGCCGCCGCCGCCGCCGCCUCCCUCUGACGAGGAGCCCAAGAUGGACGACGCCUGCGCCGUCUGCGCGGAGCCGCUCCAGUGGGUGGCCUACGGCGUCUGCGGCCACCGCGAGGUCUGCCCCGCCUGCGUCGCCCGCCUCCGCUUCGUCCUCCGCGACCACCGCUGCUGUAUCUGCAUGACCCACUGCCCCGCCGUCUUCGCCACCAAGGCGCUGGGGGACCGCACGAAGCUCAUCGGCGAUUUCUCGGCGCUCCCGGCCGUGGCCGGCGAGGGGAAGGCCGGGGAGUACUGGUACCACGAGGCCACGCAGGUCUGGUUCGACGACGUCGACCAAUACAGGACCGUGCGCGCGCUGUGCCAGUUUUCUUGCACUGUGUGCAAGGACAGCGCCGGCACCGGCACCGGCAGCGGGAAGAAGGGCGGCGGCAAGGCGUCCAAGGCCAAACAUAAGAAGAAGAUCGGGAGCAUCGAGCAGCUCAAAGUGCAUCUGUUCGACCACCAUCAUCUUUACAUGUGCGACCUCUGCUUGGAUGGGAGGAAGGUAUUUAGUUGUGACCAGAAACUUUAUACAAAGCCUCAGUUAAAUAAGCACAUAAAAAAUGGUGAUUCGGAGGUGGAUGGCUCAAAGGUUGAGCGCCGCGGUUUUGUAGGGCAUCCAAUGUGCGGGUUUUGUAAAAUUCCAUUUUAUGGAAAGGAGGAACUGUAUUCGCAUGUGACAAGAGAACAUUUUUCUUGUCACAUAUGUCAGAGGCAGCAGCGCGGGCAGGAAUAUUUCAUGACAUAUGAUGAGUUAGAGAUGCAUUUUCGGAGUGACCAUUUCUUCUGUGAGGACAGAGAAUGCUUGGAGAAGAAGUUCAUUGUCUUCCAAAGUGAAGCAGAGCUCAAGAGGCACAAUGCAGUGGAGCAUAGGGAGCGCAAGUCUCAUGCAAAGAGAACUGCUACUUUCAAGGCCUCAUCGAGUCACAAUUGCCAGAUACUGGGCCGUGGCUCGGGAAAUCAGGUUGCUUCUGUUGCAGCUCCGGUGCGAGCUAGUUCUGGGCAAGCAUCACAAUCAGGCCAAAGCUGUGGGACGAACCGCGUGUUGCAGCAAUCAUAUUCUUCUCUCCUCUCCCACCAGGAGGUCCAUGGCGCAAGAAUAGGCUCUGGUUUACAAGAAGUUUCACCCCCUCCCAUAUCAGAGCAAUCAAGGUAUACACCGGCUCUUAGCUGGAGUUCACAGACCGCUGCAAGUAUAAGGGAUGAGGAAUUCCCUCCUUUAUCAGGCACUAGUAACAGGAGCCCUGCUUUAACACAGCAGGGGGUACGAAAGGUAGCCGAGAACACUCAUCCAUCUGGGCUCCGACAGCAAAGUAAGGGAAUUGUGAAUAUACACCAUUCUGUUCAGAUUCAGUCCCCUGAAAAUACUGAUUCAACCCCUUCUGGCUCAAGACACUCCCCAAGUUGUCCUACGCUCAACCCAAGUCCCAACAUUAGUGGAUCAUUGAGUUUGACUUCUGCUGAAAAUGAAAGGCGUGCAGCGAAUAAUUUCUUGGUUGAAAAAGUGCAGACUGCGUUAGGCAUGGACCGGGAUAGGUAUGCGAUUUUUAAAGUGAUCUCAGGGGAGUACCGUCAAGGGGUUAUCAGUGCUUCGAGCUAUCUUCUAUAUGUCGAGCAAUUUGGUCUCUCGCACCUUGUUCUUGAAAUGGCAAGGUUACUGCCUGGCCCUCAAAAGCAAAAGGAACUUGUUGAUGCCUACUACGCCAGUUUGCGUCUUAGGAGCCUUCAAGGAAAUGGUGGUGGUGGAACUGUUAGCUCUCGGAAAAAUAAGGGGAAGGGGAAACUUCCUGAUGCCGCAGAAACUACUGGUGCUGCACGGGUUUCAUUAGAAGAUCAGAUCCUGAGAGCUGCCAACAAGCUUCAGUUACAGGGAGGAGACUCUGGAGUGCUGCUAAAAGAAGGGUGUGGAGCAACCAUGAAGGGUUCUCGGCAAAGCCACGGGGGGCAGAGACUUUCUUUGAGCAAAACGAAGAAGUAAAUUGUGUUUUGCAGGACUAGCUAUCACCUGAGCUGCUUAAAACGUUAGCACACUUUUUUUUUGCGUUAUGUGUCUGGUUAGUUAAGUUAAACUUAACAAGGAGAUGAGGUGCCUUGUAGCUCUCUGUGUCCGAACUUUAUGGUCGAGUUUGCGUGAGUGCAUCGUGAACGUGAAGAAGGAGAUGAGGUGCCUUGUAGAUCAAUGUCUUUGUGUCAUAAUUGCUGUUGAAGUGUAUUCAAGUUGCUUGUGGCAGGAUUGGUAUUUUGAAGAUUAUGGAUUUUUGUAGUGCAUUGAA